AUGUGUGGGCCUUUCAGUUUAAGUUUUUGCAUUUUUAUCCAUUCUCACGUUUUCAAGGUGAAACUAGGUCUCUUGCCUCAGUCAGCAAGGAUCUCAAAACCGGAUUAUCGCCUCAACUCUUGGGUGACGCCACCUGCUUGUGCUCGGACCGAUCCUGAGAAUGAGGUCACCUUUCCAAUGGCAGAGCCACUCGAAUCCGAAACGGCUGCCGCCAAAUCCGCCAAGCAGGAUGAUUUAAUUGACAAGGAUGAUGAAGCUGCACUUCAGGACGCCCGCCUUUGGGAUGCCUUCAAAGAUGAACAUCGUCGGGGCAGUGGGAACAGGAUGAAUAGAGGAUGA